GCAGUGAGGUCAUCGGUGGUCGCCGCGGGUCGGAACUGACAGCACGUGUGGGAAAGGGGCGGUGCUGUGCUGAGUGCUCCCGGGAGCGGCUGCAGCUGCUGCCCUGUAGCCCGUGGUUAAGGUGUCCUCACGACAUGCCCGAGGAGGCGGGUUUCCCGCAUGCCAAGCGAUUCCGGCCCGGCUCUGGGCCCCUGAGCCGCUCCGGGUCCUGUCCUCCCGGGGGGCGAGUGGUGAUGCUGACCGCGGACGGCGGGGGCGGCCGGCGGCAGCAGCCCCCCCUGGCCCAGCCCUCCGCCAGUCUCUACCCCGAGGCGGUGGAGCUGCAGCGCCGGAGCCUCCCCAUCUUCCAGGCCCGGGGGCAGCUGUUGGCCCAGCUCCGAAGCCUGGACAGCGCGGUCCUCAUCGGGGAAACUGGCUCUGGGAAGACGACUCAGAUUCCUCAGUACCUCUAUGAGGGGGGCAUUGGCCGCCAGGGCAUCAUUGCAGUGACCCAGCCUCGUCGAGUGGCUGCCAUUUCACUUGCGACUAGAGUCUCAGAUGAAAAAAGAACUGAAGUCGGGAAGCUGGUUGGCUAUACAGUACGCUUUGAUGAUGUCACCUCAGAGGAUACCAGGAUCAAGUUCCUGACAGAUGGCAUGCUUCUGCGUGAAGCAAUUUCGGAUUCCUUGCUUCGGAAGUACAGCUGUGUCAUUUUGGACGAAGCCCACGAGCGAACUAUCCACACCGAUGUGCUGUUUGGGGUGGUGAAAGCUGCACAGAAAAGGCGGAAGGAACUGGGAAAGUUGCCUCUCAAAGUGAUCGUGAUGUCAGCUACGAUGGAUGUGGACCUCUUCUCUCAGUAUUUCAAUGGAGCCCCUGUUCUCUACUUGGAGGGCCGGCAGCAUCCAAUCCAGAUUUUUUACACCAAGCAGCCUCAGCAUGAUUACCUGCAUGCUGCACUUGUCUCAGUCUUCCAGAUCCAUCAGGAAGCCCCUUCUUCUCAGGAUAUCUUGGUAUUCCUCACUGGUCAGGAGGAGAUCGAAGCAAUGAGCAAGACCUGCCGAGAUAUUGCAAAGCACCUUCCAGAUGGCUGCCCCUCCAUGCUGGUCCUCCCUCUGUAUGCAUCUCUGCCCUAUGCACAGCAGCUCCGAGUCUUCCAGGGGGCCCCCAAGGGCUACCGAAAAGUGAUCAUUUCAACCAACAUCGCUGAAACCUCCAUAACCAUCACAGGAAUAAAAUAUGUGGUUGACACGGGCAUGGUUAAAGCAAAGAAGUAUAACCCUGACAGUGGCCUGGAGGUGUUAGCUGUGCAACGGGUGUCAAAGACUCAGGCCUGGCAGCGGACUGGCCGGGCUGGCAGAGAGGAGAGUGGCAUCUGUUACCGGCUCUAUACAGAGGAUGAAUUUGAGAAGUUUGAGAAGAUGACCAUACCAGAGAUCCAAAGGUGUAACCUGGCAGGUGUGCUGUUGCAACUCCUAGCAAUGAAAGUUCCAAAUGUGCUCACCUUUGACUUCAUGUCUAAACCGUCUCCAGAUCACGUACAGGCAGCCAUUGCUCAGCUGGACCUUUUAGGUGCUCUUGAACAUAAGGACGAGCAGCUCACCCUGACUCCAGUUGGAAGAAAGAUGGCAGCUUUCCCCUUAGAACCCAAAUUUGCCAAAACCAUACUCCUGUCCCCCAAAUUCCACUGUACGGAGGAGAUACUGACCAUUGUCUCCCUGCUGUCGGUGGACAGUGUUCUCUAUAACCCUCCCUCCCGGCGGGAUGAAGUGCAGAGUGUGCGGAAGAAAUUCAUCUCCAGCGAGGGGGACCACAUCACCCUGCUCAACAUCUACCGGACCUUCAAAAAUGUAGGCGGGAAUAAAGAUUGGUGCAAAGAGAAUUUUGUGAACAGCAAGAAUAUGAUGCUGGUAGCUGAAGUCAGAGCACAGCUCAGGGAUAUCUGUUUAAAGAUGUCCAUGCCGAUCAUGUCAUCCCGAGGAGACACAGAGAACAUCCGCCGCUGCCUGGCUCACAGCCUCUUCAUGAGCACUGCUGAGCUUCAGCCAGAUGGCACCUACGCUACCACGGACACCCACCAGCCAGUGGCCAUCCACCCCUCGUCUGUCCUCUUCCACUGCAAGCCUGCCUGCCUUGUGUACACGGAGCUGCUCCACACAAACAAGUGCUACAUGCGAGACCUCUGCGUCGUGGACGCCGACUGGCUGUACGAGGCAGCCCCUGAGUACUUUAGGAGGAAGCUAAGGACCUCCAGGAGCUGAUCCAUCCCACGACACUGCCGAAAUGCUAGUGCCUGGACACUAGGACCACAGCUGUCCUCUGUCCUCAUAGCAGACUUCCAGGUUGGCAUCUACAGAAGCAGCAAGUUUCAGUAGAACAUGCAUGAGUCCCAGGAGCUUGAAAGCACUCUUUGUUUGAACUGCUAAGACUAAACCAUAUAGACUUAACCUAUCACUCCUAUCUUAGAAACUCAAAAUUAGGCUUUUGGUUUUUGCUACAUGGUUUAGGUGACUUAAUUAUGAACUUCCAAGUCUCAUUUUCCAUAUGACAAAUGGGGGUAAUAGUACUUUAUAAGAUUAGGGUCACAAAGUGUAGAGAAACUUACUAGAAAGCACCCAGCUCGGUCUUCUGGCCCGUGAUAAAGGUACAGUGAGCUGCACAGCACUUUGCUUGAUGCUGUUGCCGGUCUGUGUGGUAUCUAUUGAAUAUCUAUAGCAAGUUGCCCUGAGUUUUUGUGAAUGAUGGGUAUUUAAAAAAAAAAAAAAAAAAAGAUCAUAGGAAGUCACAGAGCUCAGGGGUUGUCUUUGUAUCUAUUUUAAUGCUUACCAGUAUGAACUUUUUAAACAGAAAACAUAAGAAAUUAACUUUGAGUAUGCUUUGGGAGGGAGGUGCUGCUGUCUCUUACCUCAUGGGCUGGCUUGGCUGCCCCUCCUGGACCUCAGUCCACAGGAUGUGGACAUUUUUUUGCUGCUUCCAAGCACAGAGCAAUAAAGGAGUACUCUCAGGUGAUCGGGCUGUGUCUCCAUCCCUUGCUGCCUCUGCAGCACGUUUACCUACCUGUGUUUUCAGGAACCUAACAAGCAUAUUUUUCUUUGUAACGUAAGGAUGGAUUCCAUGCUAUACUUCUUCCAUUAACCUCCUUCUGGCCAGAAGCACUGGCCAGACAGCUGGUGGAAGUAGAUGGUAGGGAGAAGAAGGUUGUCAGUGAAACCCAGACAGCAUGGACUCAUCCACUCACCGUGGUUGUAUUCUUGUUUUGUAUUUCUUUUCUCUGAUCGUAUUUUAUUCUUCUGAGGAACGUAGGGUCAAGCUGAGUUUACUACUUCCUACCUGUGCCACUCACUUCUCUUCACACCUUACUUUCCACCUCUGUCAGAGAGGACGAGCAGCUCCAUAGUCUCUUCUUAUCUUCAAAUUUUGAAAAGGAAAUGGAGGGGGGAAUAAAAACCUUGCCCAUUUAAUUAUCAAAAAUCUUUUUUUUUCUUUCUAGAAGCCAAGAUUUUUAUUGUGCUUAAUUUGAUUAAACACAUGUGUGCAGUAUUUUGGUCAUGACUUAAAAAUCAAGGAUACAAUUUGUGCAGGAAGAAUGGAAGGGGGACAAAGUGCCCAGAGACUUCAAGGGUGAUCUGGGUGGUGGCAUAGUGGAUAAAGCAUUGGAUUCUCAAGCAUGAGGUCCCAAGUUUGAUCAUUGCAUAUGACAAAGUGAUCAAUGCUCUAAUGGACUCUCUCAAUCUCUCUCUCUAUUUCUCUCCUCCUCUCUAAUAAGUAAAUCUUUUUUUUUAUUGUUGUAUGUAUUGUUAUCGAUGUUGUCGUUGGGUAGGACAGAGAGAAAUGGAGAGAGGAGGGGAAGACAGAGGGGGAGAGAAAAAUAAACACCUGCAGACCUGCUUCAACGCCUGUGAAGUGACUCUGCUGCUGAUGGGGAGGUGGGGUGCCAGGGGCUCGAACCGGGAUCCUUAUGCCAGUCCUUGUGCUUUGCACCACAUGCACUUAACCCAUCUGCACUACUGCCUGACUCCCCUAGUAAGUAAAUCUUAAAUAAAAUUAAUGGUUAUACAAAGUUUGCUGAACUUU